UUUCUUCCUUAAUCUCUUCUUCUAUGCCCUGCAUAGAGGACGGGCAGAAAAUUGAUCUAUGACCUGCUGAAGGUUUUGUUUAGAAUGAUUGCUAUUAUACUGUUGCAUGUAUACAGAAGUCCUUGCAUUAUCUCUCCAGUAGCCAUAAUGCCUGCUGUGCAGUCUGCAUUUGCAAAAUAACUGCAGCCAAGAGUAGGAGUUUUGUUGGCUAACGAAGGAUGUAGGUAGCCUUGUUGCAAACAGCUGCUGUGAAACAUAAAGGAACAUGUAAGGCUCUUGUCUAGCACUACUCUUUACAGGAAGCCAUCGAUAGGACUCUGCUGACAUUUAAUUCACCAUGUAUUCUGUCACGAAGCUGAUGGAACUUCCUGGACAGAAGAGGCUUUUCGGAGGCUCCUGAAAUAUGUACUAAAGGCUCCUGUGAAUAGUGGAAUUUCCGUUAAAAUUUUGAUCUGAGCGUUUCUGGGUUUUCCAGCUAGGAAAAGUAUGUCAGCUACUCUGCAGAUUUCUGGACGCAGGGUUUCCUGAGGAAGAGAAGGCUCACAUGUUGAGGAAAAUCUGACAGAUUUUGUUAAGCCCCCGUUGUCAACAUAGCUAUAAGGAGGAGGACUUGAAGAGAAAUGCCAGUACAGUAUAGGUGGUAUGCUGACUGAAGGUGAAAGCAUGGCAAGUACGUCCUUGUGUCCUGCUAAUACGUCAGUAUCUCAGAACUGUCAGAAGACGUCUGGUUUUGUGGAAAAUAAAACUGCACAGUGUUCAUUUUCCAUUGAAAGUAUUUUGGGAUUGGAACAGAAAAAAGAUAUCACUUCAGCUGUGAAACCUCACAGACCGUGGACGGAUACAUGCACUAACCUGGUUUUAUGUGAAGACAGCAAUCCUCAUACACAAAUCCCUGUUAUUUCCUAUGAGAAUUCAUUAUUUCGUGCUAACAGUACUGCAAUGCAAGAGGAAAAAGUUUUGAAGUGUGAAAAAUAUUUUUCAGUGACUGAAAGGCUAUCUUUCAAACGAGAAUUGAGCUGGUACAGGGGUAGAAGACCAAGAACUGCUUUCACUAGAAACCAGAUUGACGUUUUGGAAAAUGUUUUUAAAAUGAACUCCUACCCUGGCAUUGAUAUUAGAGAAGAACUAGCUCGCAAAUUAGAUUUAGAUGAAGACAGGAUUCAGAUCUGGUUCCAGAACCGUCGUGCAAAACUGAAAAGAUCACACCGAGAAUCUCAAUUUCUAAUGGUGAAAAACACUUUCACCUCUAACCUGCUAGACUAAGAAGAAUGACUUGCUAUUAAGCUAUCACAACAGAACAUGAAGAACAUGAGUUUUUCAUAAUUUGUAUUAAUGAUAUUAAUUUUAUGAUUUUAUUCCUACAGUGGAAAGAAUAUCAUGAUUUUAUUUCGGAUAAACUGUUGAUAUGGGAAAAGUAAACUUUUCC